GGCAACCAGUUUUUGUGCCGCAGCGAUUGGCACGCUGCAUUUUUGCGGUUAGGAUUCAUUUGUAACAUCGUAUUGCUGCGCUUGGAAGGUGUCGUUCAUCUCUUGCCGCGCAACACGCCCGCAGAGCACAGCAAAGCUCGCCCGGCGCGCAAUGGCGGCCCAAGCCGAAGCCGCCGAUGCGGCUCCUUAUGUAAUAUUCGAGACGUCGCUCGGCGCCUUCAGCGUCGAGCUCUACAGCCAGCACGCGCCCCAGUCGUGCAAGAACUUCCGCGAGCUGGCGCGGACGGGCUACUACGACAGCACGACGUUCCAUCGCGUCAUACGAGGCUUCAUGGCCCAGGGCGGCGACCCGACGGGCACCGGAAGAGGGGGCGAAUCUAUAUACGGCGGCAAAUUUAGGGACGAGAUCACUCGGGAACUGAAGCACGUCGGCGCGGGGGUCCUGGCGAUGGCCAACAGCGGGCCGCACACGAACGGGUCGCAGUUCUACAUCACGCUGGCGCCGGCGCCGUGGUUGGAUGGAAAACAUAGUAUUUUCGGGCGCAUCGCGUCGGGCAUGGGCGCCGUGCGCAAAUUAGGGAUGGUGCCCGUCGACGCCAAUGACAGGCCCUCUACUACAAUUACGGUGCGCCGCGCGUACCCGUCGAUGACCUCGGACCUGCCGCUGCCCGCGACGACGGCGGCCAUCGCUGCCGGGGCGCCGAUGGGGCUGCUGACGAGGUAGUAAGAGGCUUGGAUCUU